GGAAAAAGUGUAAAACGGAAGUCCCAGAACCAUCUCUUUCUCUUGGUCUUGCUUACCUUUUCUUUUUCCGUCUCCUCAAUAAAUAAUCAGCAACUGCCUUUUCUCUGUCUUCCUGCUCUUUCUGUCUCUCUCUCUCUCUCUCUCUCCUCGUCGAGCGAUCCAUGUCAAUCGGGAACAUGAAUAAGAGAGUUGGUUUCAGCCCUGAUGUCAACGAUAAGCAACCGGUAAUCAGGAAGCAGUACUCUAACAAAGAACGCUCUGGAUACGGCAGUAUUAAAGUUAGCGGGGGGAGCAAGGAGAGAGUCCAUGCUGCUACUCAGGGGACCUGGACUAGUUUCAGAGUUCCCGAAAGCUCUUCGUCAUCAGGAUUCUCAGCCGUGAGAUUUGCAAAGCGCGUUGGAGCCAACGUUGCCCAGGCUCUUCGUUUCAUCUCCUGCCGGAAGAAGUGUUCGUGCAAAGUGUCUUCGGCGGCUAGUUUAACUUUAGCAAGAUCACGGUCCUAUGCAGAGACACUUGAUGAUUCUCAGCGGGCUGAAGCUAUUGAGGACUGCAUUGAGUUCUUGAAUUCAUCAUCCUCCUUGCAAAGAUCCAAUUCAGUUGCAAGCUCUUGCUAAAUACUUUUGUCUGCUUUAAUUGCGCGCGCUCUAGUAUUGUGGAUGAAACUGAUUUGUUUGAAUGAGUAGGAAAGCUGCCCGUUUUACCAGUUACCACCUGAAAAGGGUUAAUGUAUAGAAAAACCAGGACAUAGUCAUAGAAAGAUCAUCCUCACAUCGACUAGUGCCAAUUCCAGUGUUCUUGUUGUAAACAGAUUUUCCAGCUAGAAAUGGCUCAGAUGAUGGUUCGUUUGCGCACAGGCCACAGGUAACGAGCUAGAGCCUAGAGGUAGGAGGUAGGAGGUAGGAGAUAUAUUUGUCAGAUACAUACGUGCAUUUACUGAAAACCAUGAUUGUCAUCAGGCGAACUUUCCUCUGCUUUUGUCUUAUAAAUUCUUCGUCUUUGA